AUUUGCAAGCUAUUUAUUAUUGUGUCAGGAAAGUGAGGCCUUGUCAAUUCAAUGUACCUAAUUCUAUUAUCCUUACUUUGUCCUUUAACAAGCCGUUUGCAUACAUAAAAAAUUUGCAUGAAUCUCAAAGUAGCUUUAAUUGUCGGCUAGAACUUAAGUAGUAGAGAAGACCAGUUUGUAAAUAAUUGUGUGACGAGUAGGAACUCAAACUAAUAAUUAUGUAACAGGGGUGAGUGAGUGUACAUCUUAAUUGCAGAUUUCGUUGGAAUUUUUGCACAUCAUAUGUGUAAACCCUUGAUUCAUAUCAGUCACGAGUCAGUCGGUGCGGUCAACAUGGCACCAUAAAAGGGGAAUAGCUUGGUGUUUUUUUGAAUAUUGGAAAAAUUGGAAAUUUUUAAAAAUUAUAUUAUAAUUAAUUGUUAAUUAUCGUUCAGUUUGUUCCUAAUAAAUUGAUAAGAAUAUUUAAAAUCCGAUUAAAAAAUGAGACUAUUUGCUCUCUUCUCGAUCGUCGUACUCCAACUUUUCUUCGGACCGACGACCCACGCUCAACUAAAAUAUGCCCGAGUUGACACUUUGACCGACGCUUUGAAAUACCUCGUCCAAUUCGGCUACUUGAAGAACCUGAAUGAAGUCGUGUCUCUCCUCCAGCCGUCCUUCACCUCCUUCGACCCCCGAAAUCCGGCCGUGUCCGCGAUGAAAAUCGCCUUCACGAAAUUCCAACAGUACGCGAAACUCCCCGUUUCUGGAGAAUUUGACGCCGCAACGAAGCAGAAGAUGAACACGCCCCGAUGCGGAAAUAAGGAUAUUAUUCAAAUCGACGGGGAAAAUCUUGGCCUGGGGAAUUUGUUGAGGAGGAAAAAACGCUACGUGGCGGGGGCAUUUUUCUGGCAAAAGAGAGAGCUGACUUAUCGCAUCUCAAAAUUUUCGGAGACGGAUUUCUCACCCGAAGUGACGAUGCGAGAGGUCGACAGGGCUUUCGAACUUUGGGGAAACGCUACGAAUUUACAUUUCGUAAAGAGUCCAGGUGGCGUGGUGGAUAUUGAGUUAAAGUUUGCGAAAUCGGUGCAUGGUGAUAUAGAACCGUUUGAUGGAAGGGGGAUUACGUUGGCGCAUGCUUUUCCGCCAGGACCGGAGAUUGGGGGGGAUAUUCAUUUCGAUGAUGAUGAAGAAUGGACUUCUGGAGAGUACCAGGGGACCAACUUUAUGCACGUCGUUGUUCACGAGCUAGGACAUGCACUAGGGUUGAGACAUUCUGAUAUCGAAGAAGCCAUCAUGUACGCUUUUGCGAGACCGUUCGAACCAAAUUUACAACUGCAUGAGGAUGACGUGGAGGGAAUUCAGUCAAUGUACGGUACUCGAAAUCAGCAAACAACUACAACGACAGAACCAUCGCUCCGUAGCAGCACCUCAGAAAUUACGCCACCACCCACACAAACGGAAACGGAAGAACCAGAAACAUCAACAACGGAAAUGGUUCCCGACAAUAGUGUAAAGCCAGAUUUGUGCAAGGAUUCGAAAAUUGACGCCAUCACGACGCUAGGAGAUAAGUCAGUUUACGUGUUUAAAGGAAACUAUGCCUUCCGAAUUGACCCCAACGGUGGUGGGGUGCAGAGUUCGGACCUGAUUUCAUACGUUUUCUACAGCGCUGUGGGACCCGUCGAUGCAGCGUUGACGUUUGAAGGGAAAACUUUCCUCUUCAAGGGCGACAAGUACUGGAGAUUCAUCAAUAGAAAGUUGGAUGGUACAUUUCCACGCUUAAUUGCUCAAGAUUUUCCAGGAAUUCCAAACAAUUUGGAUGCUGCAUUCACUUGGUCGUCCGAUAACCACAUCUACUUUUUCAAAAGCGACAAAUACUGGGCGUUCGACCCUACCAGCAAUCCCCCCGUGGGGAAGAGCUACCCCCUCCCAAUUUCGCAAUGGUAUGGACUCCCUACCAAAAAUUUGGACGCUGUCUUCACCUCGCCGGCCGGUCCGACGUACUUUUUCCAAGCUGACAACUACUGGCUUUUUGACGAUGACAACUUUCAGGUGGCCGAAACGGAUCCUCCAUACCCGCAAUCGUCCCGAGUCAUGUGGUUCAAAUGUACGGCGUAUCGUCCCGAAGCUGGCGAAUUAAAGAGAGGAUUCAUCCGAAAAGCGGUGGACGCCGUGUCCAACGUGGUCAAGGGGGUUGUGGGACAUGUGGACUAUAAAUUCAAAAAAAUAACGGGGUGGUUGGGCUAAAAAUAAUUAAGAAAAUAUUAAUGGACAAUUAUGUAUUUACUUAUUUAUUGGGGGAGAUGGGUUUUAAUUGAGGACAAUAAAUAGUUCACAGUUAACCAGACCACAAAAGUAUGUGGUCAGUAACUAACUAAUUAAAUUCAUGGAUUCGUAUGAAAUUGGAUGACUUACAUGAAUAAAUACCUACUUGAAUGAUUCAA